ACCUCACAACCCAACCGGAAAAGUUUUUAACAUGGAAGCGCUACAGAUUAUUGCUGAAUAUUGCAUAACAAAGGAUUGCAUAGCCGUUUUUUUUAGAAAGAA